AUGCACCAAAUCGUCGUCUUCUGCCUCGUGAACGCUCUUCUCAUCGGACAGGCCUACUCAGCUUGCCAAAAGUCUUCACUUCUCAACGCAAAAGAUUCCAUUGGACCGGCUGUCGGAGGGUCAUGUAUCGCUGGAUACAAUUGUUUCGCGGUGAACGGAGGUGACUACUGUUUCACGCGGUCCCCCACUUGCCCACCAUCUUCGACCGCCGUCAAUACAGCCGUUAUUGGACCUGCUAUUGGAGGAGUUUGUGCAUUGGGCACUUGCUACUUGGUGAACGGCUCUGAAAACUGUUAUGCGUGCGUGGACAACACGGCAAGCGCUUCUUGUGGCCUUUGUGGGAUUGUCACUCAAACGAGGAGUUGUAUUUCGGGAAUACAUGGUUGUCCUUGCACAGGCCCCUUGAGUCGACAAGUCACUUGUCCACAGGCUCCUUGUCCACAAACUCCAAAAUGCUGUCAUGGACAGCCGGUGAUAAAAGAUCUGGAAAAGAACACAACAAAAUGCUUUCAAUUGCCAGCCGAUCCUCUUCUCAGCCCUGUUCCCGCUUGUUUGACCACAGAUUGUGCCAGGUGCACCCUAACUACUCCAGUACUCGAAAUCGACACCACCACCGAUAAUAGGACUGUACCAUUUUCUCAAGAUUUUCUCAAUCAAAACGCGCAAGGCUGUGUGGUCCGUGUGAUGGAGUGUCCAACGGAGGUACCGGGGAUUGGCUCAACGAUUAAAUUCGACUACGAUUCUUACAAAUCGGUGAGCAGGAGUCGUUUCGAAGUGAGAGCUGUAUUGGUAUGUAAUGGGACGGGAGAUGGAUGGGAGUUCACACCGACUCGGCCCGAAACGAACUGGGUCGGGAACACAUCGGUCGUCCAUGUGGCUCAGUGCUUUGGGCCAACAUGUGAGAAUACGGAAAUUUGU